CUCGUUUGCAGUUCUGUCUCUGUCUAAAUAGUUAAUGUGGAUUAACUCUGUAGUGUGAUGAGGAAGACCUUUCCCUCCCUUUCAGAUUGUGGGAACCAAGGAGAAACUGGGUUCUUCCACCCCGACUAAAAACAUUAUGGGUUGCUGCUACAGUUUAGACUAUGAUGAUGACUGGGCUAUAGAUGCUGAGAUUUGUGAGGUGUGUCACUAUCCUAUUGAUCCAGCCACCAAGCCACAGAGACCCACUUUAAAUGGUUCUGAGUUGCACACUCCCCUGUUGGCAGCCGAAGGGAUUCCUCCUCCUAGUUCACCCCUUCAAGAUAAAGUGGUGGUUGCACUCUAUGAUUAUGAAUCAACUCAUGAAGGAGAUCUGCUACUUCGUACAGGAGAACAUCUGAGGAUAGUAGAAGAGACAGGGGAAUGGUGGAAAGCUCAGUCUCUCACCACAGGACAAGUGGGCUAUAUACCAUGCAACUUUGUCGCCAAGUUGAACACACUGGAGCAAGAGCCUUGGUUUUUCAAAGCCCUCAGCAGGAAGGAUGCUGAGCGCCGCCUUCUCACUGCCGGUAAUACACAUGGUGCUUUCCUCAUUCGAGAGAGUGAAUCCACCAAAGGCUCCUUCUCCCUCUCUGUGCGAGAUUUUGACCAGAACCAAGGAGAAGUUGUGAAGCAUUAUAAGAUACGAAAUAUGGACAACGGCGGGUUCUACGUCUCUCCUCGUAUCACCUUUGACAGCUUGCACAGCCUGGUAGAACAUUAUACCAGUAACGCUGAUGGGCUCUGCACCCGCCUUACCAAGCCCUGCCAAACUCAGAAGCCACAGAAGCCCUGGUGGCAAGAUGAGUGGGAAGUGCCCAGGGAGAGCCUGAAGCUGGUGGAGAAACUGGGAGCAGGGCAGUUUGGUGAAGUUUGGAUGGGCUACUAUAAUGGCCAUACAAAAGUUGCCAUCAAGAGUUUGAAACAAGGCAGCAUGUCACCUGAAGCCUUCCUGGCUGAAGCCAACCUGAUGAAGAAACUGCGCCAUGCACGCCUGGUGAGGCUCUAUGCAGUGGUAACUCAAAGGCCCAUGUUCAUCAUUACAGAGUAUAUGGAAAAUGGCAAUCUGGUAGAUUUUCUCAAAGCUGCGGAAGGCACUAAUUUAACAAUUUAUAAACUGCUCGACAUGACAGCACAGAUAGCAGAAGGAAUGGCCUUCCUCGAGAAGAAAAACUACAUCCACCGUGACCUGCGGGCUGCCAAUAUCCUGGUCUCCGAAAACCUCUGCUGCAAGAUUGCAGAUUUUGGGUUGGCCCGCCUUAUGAAGGACGAUGAAUACACUGCUCAAGAGGGAGCAAAGUUCCCAAUUAAAUGGACAGCCCCGGAGGCCAUCAAUUAUGGAACAUUCACCAUUAAAUCAGAUGUCUGGUCAUUUGGGAUUCUACUGACUGAGAUAAUCACUUAUGGCCGGAUCCCUUACCCAGGAAUGAGCAAUCCAGAAGUCAUCCAAAACCUGGAACAAGGGUACCGGAUGCCGCAACCGGACAACUGCCCAGAAGAGCUGUACAAACUGAUGCUGCAGUGUUGGAGGGAUAACCCAGAGCAGCGCCCCACUUUUGAGUUCCUGAAAGGGGUCCUGGAGGAUUUCUUCACUGCCACGGAAGUACAAUAUGAACAGCAGGUGUGAAGAUGCUUCAAGCCAAGAUCCAUGGGACACUAUUCUCACAACCAGCAGAAAAGACACUCUUGAAGACUUUGCCUUGCAUCCAAGAUGGCAGGGAGGGGGGUACGAUGGAGAAGAAGGGCUUUAUUGGGACCCCAAUGACUUCCUGAGAAGUUCAUGGCUAAUCACUGGCAAACUUCCCUCCUUUUUCAAAAGGAAAAGGAAACCAACAUUCAGAGGUGCCCAGAGGAACUGAGACGGAGAGUUCUUGUAUCAGCUCAGCAGGCAAAAGCGAGCCCUUUUUUAAUUACUACUUUUUUUUUAUUUGCAUUUAUAUCCCGCCCUUCUCUGAAGACUCAGGGUGGCUUACACUAUGUUAGCAAUAGUCUUCAUCCUAUUUGUAUAUUUAUAUACAAAGUCAACUUAUUGCCCCCAACAAUCUGGGUCCUCAUUUUACCUACCUUAUAAAGGAUGGAAGGCUGAGUCAACCUUGGGCCUGGUGGGACUUGAACCUGCAGUAAUUGCAAGCAGCUGCUGUUAAUAACAGACUGCAUUAGCAGUCUGAGUCACAGAGGCCCCUGUGCUUCAGCUGCUCUGCGGGAGGCACAUGCACCUGGUAUAGGUAGUCCUCGACUUAUGACCAUGCUGAACCUGGCAAUUGCGGUUGUAAAUUGUGAAUCAUAAAGCAAAUCACCCAUGUGACCAGACCUGUUUUUAUGGCCAUUUUGCAGCGGUCAAAAAAGCAAAAGCUGUGGUCAUUAAGCAAGUCUAUUUUUGCUAGUUUUUUCCCCCCCAGAAAUUUAAAGUGAAUGCUGGUUUUCAGUAAAACCAUUGUAAAUGGCAAUCAUGUGAUUGUGGGGGAGGGACAACAUCAGAACUUCAAAUCUACUAGUAAGUCAUAAGUAGUGUUUUUUUGGGGCGGUGUUGUAAUUUUGAGUGGUCGCUAAGUGACUGAUUGUAAAUCAAGGACUACCUGUACAAAUGAACCACUGGAAGGCUGUUUUUUAAGGCAAAGGUCCUCUGCCCCCUCAAAGGCCUUGGCUUUUCUGGGAUUGCUGUGCAACCAGGCCUGAAGUUUGAACAAAGGCAAUAGAAAGUGGCUCUGGGAUGUCAAAAAAGUCAAGACAAUGGCAGUCGAAGCUCUGCCUUUGUGGUGACACUCAUGAAAAAGAGAGCUUUGCUUACAUUGUUGUGGCUGCCAUUUUGACUUUUUUGACCACACAGAGGCUCUGACAGAGAGAAGGCAGAUAGGCGGAGGAAGAAGUAGGAAAGGUAAUUUACAGGUUAUUCCAAGCUAGCGUAUUUUUAAACCAUUGUUUCUUGAACAAGCCAUAUUAAUUGGGGUUCACACAUGGUCUUAAACAGCGGCUUCCAAAAUCAUAGCAGUCAGGAAAUUAUAUAAUUUGAUCUUUUCUAUAUGCAUUAUUUUUACAUGCUUAAUACAUGUAAGUUAUACAUGCAAAAUUCUGCGUUUUCAAAUGGUCUACGAUUGGUUUUGAUUUAGUUUAAAAUUCCUCAUGAGGUUUUUCAAAAGAACAGAACGUGCAGUAAACUUAAUCAGAAUAUGUCACAGAAAAAACAGCUCAUGGAGCAGGGGAAGCUUAAAAAUCGAAGGUAAAAGGGGCUCGUUUCGAAAACUUCAGUUAAAAUAAGAGCAGCUAAUGAGACUUAAACUCAUCUUAAAAACCUUUUUAAAAUCCUUCAAGAUGGAAUCUUUAAAAAAACUUUGAUGCGGGAUGUGUGUCUAUUUUUAAAAAGCAGAAGAUAUAUUAACGUUUCCCCGCCACCGGCCUGAAACUGAAACAUUAUUUGCGGGGGGAGGGGUGGGGGGUACCCGCCGCUUCGCAGGAGAUACAACCAGAGGAAUGUUUCCCCCUCAUGUGAAAAAUGGUACUAGCUCAUCCCUGUACACCCCUGUAUUUCUCCUGCA